CCGCGGGUGUCGCUGGUGCGGGGGAUGCAGAGCUCGUCCGAGGCUGACCCUGCGGCUGCGGUGGGGGCAGCUCUGGGGGUCCCGCUCUCUCCUUUUCACCACAAUACCCAUUUGGGGUCGGAGAGUGCCGUGGGAGACGUUGGAGGUGUGGAAGCACUGGCCAUUGAGCAAACCAGGGGCUUCUCCAGGCAUAACCACACAAGACUGGGUGUGAAAGAGGGUCUGCAGUUUUGUUCUCCAUACCAGUAUUACCAGUUAUGCAGUACCUCUGAUCAACACGGUCCCCCAGCGCUGACUGGGGACAGUUGUGUGUGACGUGGACACCGUCACCGUCUGUGUUCACUCCAGUGCUGGACAACCCUCCCUUGACCAACACAACUCCAGGGCAGAGAUGUUCAGCAGAUGCUCAGCUUGGUUCCUUGGCUUCACUCUGUCGCUCCAGACAGAGCCACCACUCUUCCAGACAUUAGCUCACAGGGCAACCAGCCAUUUCCCUCCAUUAAAUUCCAUAUUACUCUGGGAUAUGACCUUAAGAUUUCUCUGCUGAGGAGAUUUCUUGGGGUUCUCAUCAUCUACCUGCUGUUGGGCUACCAUUAGCCUCCCUUAAGGAAAUGGAGGUGCAGCAGCCAGGGGCCAACAUCCAGAGGACAGUCCAGCUCCAUGGCUGAAGGGGUUGGAGUUUCACUCCUGGGCCACAUCUGUCCCAUUCCAGGUCCAGAGGGGUGAGGUGGUCAGAGCAGCACAUUGCUCCCCAGAUCUGCUGCUUUGGCCUUUUUGGAAAACAGCAAAGAGGUUGCAGGUGGUGACAGAGUGUUGCUUUGUCAUUGCAUGGGACGAACGCCACAGGCAGCCCAGGCAGGGAACAAGCUGAGCGCUGCAGAACCAAAGCCACCAGGGAUAUUUUUACCCCACCAGUUCUGGGAUACUGCUACAGCCCACCUCUGUGCUCACUCACAACGUGAGUUGAAGCAGAAUAUUUUUUCCCCCAACGCAAAUUUUCUCACUGGCAUCUCUGAAGUGUGAGUUGUCAUGGAAACCAUUUUGCCUGUGUCCCACGUUGCCCACAUGCACUCGGAAGAAACUGCAGAAGCAAAAUGGCUGUUGUGUAACACCACAGGGGCUCAGCAGACGAGGGGCUUGUGGGCUGCACAGCCCCUUUACAGCCGUGAGACCCUCUCAGGAAGCUGUGGCUCAUUGCUUGGGAAAGCAGUAAAACCCAGGGAGGUUAUGAUGUGCUCCACGAGAGAAGGAAAAUGGCCCCAUCUCGCCUUAACUCUUGCAGUGCUUGGCGUGGAGCUCCACACCGACCCUGCUGUGCUGUUGGCACAAACUUCCAGGCAUGCUUAACCCUUUUCAGUGUCACUGUGGCAUUCCCACUCCCCCACACACGGAGCUGAGGGCCUUGCUGGACUCACAUGGUGUGGGUUUGUCCACCCCAAGGGGCUCGAAUGCUGUCUUGAAGGGACAAAGGGUGCAAGUCAGAGUUGCAUCUGUACCUUUAGUCUGCACAGGUUUGACUUCAUUCCAUGCUGCCUACCAGGUGCAUCUGCAGUAGGUUGUCUGGUAAGAAACUGUUCUGGAGUGGGCUAUACAGACCUGGAUCCUGGUGGGUGUGAUGGCAAUAGGACAAUAAAGCCAAGACCUGGCCACAGCAGGACACAUAGCAGAGAAGACAAAGGAAAAAGCCGGACUUUGAAAUGUUAUUUGGAGUACAAAAGCUCUUUCCUCCUGGAAACCUGGAGUUCCCUGCAGUGAGAAGAAGGAGUGCAGCAAUUGAGCUCCUCCUGUGUUGCCCAGGAGUCUGGAAUGACCAUGCUCAGGAGGCAGCCUCUUCCCUCUGUGCCUCCACUCAUUUUUUGUCUCCAGAGGCUCUUUUUCCUGGCACGGUUGCAGAGAUCUGAAAAAUGCCUGCUUCCCUUUCAGGUCAUGCCUCCCACUAUCCUUGUUGUCCUGGCACCAGGAACAGCCCGGAUCACAAUUCCCAGCAGCCAGGCUCAGCCAGCACAGAUGUUGUCACUGCAUGGAUCCCCCUCUCGCUGUGUCCUCGGGCUCUUUGAUCCUCUGAAGGCAAUGGGUGCAUGCAGGGCUUUCCCAGGGUGGGAGCCGUGUACAUGGUGAGUACAACCACAUCCACCAGCUGAUCCUUGAGAAGACUCUGCAGUGAGGAAUGGUCUCUGCUUUGCCUUUCACUGCCUCCUGGCUUAUCAUGGCAACAUUCUCAGCCACGGUUUGGCUCAGGAACUGACCACUGUUGCCUGUUUGCAAUUAGUAUGUGUAAAAUGUGAUCCUGCUCUUCACGUCUGGCACCGCACGGGGCGGGUGUUGGUGCGGUGCCCCCGCGCCGGUCAAUGCUGUAAUUCCUCCUACGGCCAGAGUAAGUCAGUGUAAAACCUGGAGACUUCAGGGGAGCAGCAUUGAACCGGCUGGAAAUUUCAUCUGCCUCGAGGUGAGGCAUCAGUCUCGGUGGUGGGAAAGAUAAUAGGGAAUUUCAUAAAGGAGGAAAUUGGGUAUUAGGAAUAUGCAAUUUGUGCCACUGAUCACAGAGCUGCCAAACAAACUAAAUUCUUCCUUUAGGAAAGCUGAUAUUGCUUUGAUAGCAGUAACUGCACAGCUAUAACACGGGCUGGGGAAAUGCUUGCUGUGUACAGCUGCAAGUGAAUCUGAGGUAUAAAAAUGAGUAAAGCACAUGCUCAGUGGCCAUUGCUGGUCUCCAGACCUGGUAGUGAAGAACUGCUGUGGGAUGUGGGUAUUCCUACAGGGAUAAAAGGAUUUGCAAUGUGGUUGAUACUUCAGCAUUCCUGUCAUUGCUCUGGAAACAAUGACUGAUGACAAAAUCUGUGACACAGUAAAUAAUGGUGCGAAAUCACUUGGAUUGUUUAAUAAGUAGUAUUUUAGGACAGUCAGUGUAGAACCAUGAAAGUAGAAGCAAGUAUUGUUGGUCCUGCCCUUUGGACAGGACUGCAGAUGCAGCGGAGACAUUGACUGUAAAGGUGGUCUCUAAUUUUCACCCGCAGGUCAGAGAUCAUGAAUUUCCAAACAAAAUGUGUCAAUGUUGUCCUUGGAUUCACCCUGAGGAGUCAGAGCAGCAGCUGGCAGCAGCUCUUCUACAGGAAGCACUGGGGAACCCUGCACAGGAAAGUUGCCCACGUCUGGGAGUCACAUUUUUAUAAAGAAAGAAGCUGAAAAGAUGGAGAAAAGAUCCUUGAGAAUAUUUGGAGAAAAACUCCUCAUGAGCUGGCACAGCAGAGGUGAGAGUGGAUGCAGUCAGAGUGUGCUGCCUUCCAGGAGCAGCGACACGACUGCACAGAUGCUUUCCCCAGGGCCUCUGAGCACUGCAGAGGCUGUUUCCAGCUGGCUCCAGCACAGAUGGGGUCAGCAGGGCAAUGAAUUUGGAAGAAGGUAACCCUCCUCUCCUCCCCCAUCUCCAUGCCUUGGCUGAAGCCUCCUGCCUCCUGCCCAGUUUCAUCACACCUCCUGUUCCUACUGCUCAGGUAUCCGGACACUGCCCGGGGCAGUCCCAUGCCCUGGGAACCCUGCAGGGAGGGAACCUGCCCCUGGGGGGUCCCUGCCGUGCACAACGCAAGGAGGGACAGGGAUAGAGAACAGAACUAAAUUCCAGCCUGCGGUUGAGGUGGGCAGGGACAGUGGACAAGGAAGGGAGUGCAGGCCCCCCCCCCAGCUCCUCACCACCCCCCAGGAGGCUGGUAGGGUGUGUCCCCCACUGCGAUUCCUUGGGGGAUGUGAUUUGUGUGAGCAGCUGGGGCGCAGCAGGAUGAGCUGGGAUGCAGCAGGACGUCCUUGUCACAGUAUCAGCCAGCCAGACUGACAGGCAGUGACCGGAGACUGCAGAGGAAGGUGCCCAAAGGCAUUAUUUCUGUGGCAGGGGAGCUGCAGAGAGCAAUGGAAGGUCAGAGUGUCUGAGCAGCCCUUUGGCCUGAGCUGUUGCAGUUGUACAUCCUAGCCCUGUUCCUGGCUCUUUUCCAGAUGAAAUGCAGGAUGGACUGCAGUCCCUAAAGAGGCCUUGUGCUCUCUCUAAAUGCUUUACCAGCUGAGAGGGACUUGGCCCAACCUACUUUGCAAUUCAGAUGUGGCUGAUGAAGUCACCAGGCAGCACAGCUCCCUGCUCCAGUACAGGGGCAGCACAGACCUGCCCUGCUAUGGACAUCCAUGUUGUCUUUACCCAGUCAUUUCUACAGGAAUGAGCUCUAGGCCUCCAAGGCCUGAGCAGAGUGUGUGUCACAUUUGGAAUCCCUGCUAUCACAGAAAGAAGCUGCAGCAGCAUCCUACACCAGAUAAAGAGAAUUGAGGUAUCUCCCCCUCCACCAUCAGGUAACUGCAGGUUACUGUGCACAGGAGCAUUCCCACCAUCCACCAGAGCUCUGUCUUUGUCCAAGGAGCUGGACAUGCACAGGGUUGGGGGGAGUUAAAACAAGAUACAAACUGUUAGUCUGGCUUCUGAUACCCAGAUGUUCCUGAGCAGGCAAGGAGAUAUUUGGGUGAGAGGAUGGGACAUGGAACAUCAAUGGCCAGAGGCAAAGACAGUGAGAAACCCAAACCCAGCUUCUGUGCAAUCAGAGGGAAUGGAAUAUGCAGGAACAUGCAGUCAGAUGUGCAGUAGGAGGGCUGGGAAUUUCAACUGCAAUCAUUUCCUAAGGGAAAACAAGCAUUUGCGUGUUUGAAAUGCACUGUAGGCAAAAUUUCAUUUUGAAAAAGUUCCAGCUUUCUGCUGGAGAAACAGCCAAGAGGUGUCUAGGCUUCAGCUGCCUGCACAUUGUGUCCCCAGGAGAGGGGACAACUUGUCCUCAGGGACUUCCAGUCCCCUGGGACUGCUGCAUAGCAGGGGCUGGAAAGCACUUCAGGGAGACUGGUCUCUGGGGGUUUCCUGCACAUCUUCACCUCCGAGGGUGUUGGAGCCUGGGGCCAACUGAUGCAGUCCCUGGAGAUGGAGCACAUGGAGAACAUCAGCCCCCCUGCAGCCCUUGGUGCUCUUCACCACACUCAUCCCACUGUGCUGGAGCUCAACCCAACAGCCUGGGUGUCCAUGGGAAAGCUCUCUGAUGGGAUGUGGCCACCUGCCUUCACAAGGUAGAGCUGACAUCCAGGAUGUCAGAUGCACUUCUUUAACCUGCAGGGACUCUCUGGGGACACUGGGACACCAGAUCCUGCCAGCAACCUGCAGUCCUGUGCAUUGCAAGGUGUGCUGGUUUGUGCCUGUGCAGCACCUGGUUCUAGGAGAAACCAUGCCACCAUUUGAAGGGGCUGGAGGUGGAGGGGAUGGAGGGACCAAACUCCCUGGGAAAGGGGCCACAGGAGCUUCUCCAGGUGACUGUCUGCCCCUGCAGUCCAGCUGCUGACAGGUGUCAUUGGUGGGCAAAGGUGACACUUUGUUGUGCCCUAUCAAGUGGAGAGUGAGACCUCGGGGCAUGUCUGACCUCUUUGAGCUGGAAUGGAGUUGAAACAGGGGAAGAAAAAAGGGGUCAGUGUCAAACGUAGUGCUCUGGAACUUGUAGCUCUUCCAGAGACUGGUGUCCUCAAAACCAGGACAUCAUCUUCAUGGGGAUGGGUGCAGAAACAUGCAAGAGUUCCCACCUCCUUCAGGAGGAGGCAGCAAACACCUCUUUUGGCUGCAUGCCCAGGCCUCCCGUCCCCCUCCCAGGAGCCCACCACAGUGCUCAGAGCAACCCUGGUAUUCUGGGGUCCAGCCCUGCGCUGCCCCAGCCAGACCUGGAUCUGCCCCCCAGCAGUGAGCAGUGCCUGGAACACCCCAGUACUCAGCAUCUUAUCCCUUUGCUUGGAAAUGUUCAUGUUUUUGCAAAGUUUCAGUAGCUCCAGGGGCUCCCCAGUCCAUGCAGCUGCCACGUGAACACUCCUGGCUCUGGGAGAACAGAAAAAUAGGAGAGUUGUUUUCCAACCUGCCACGUGAAAGUUUCGGAGAUGCCAAACAUGAUUAAGGAGAGGUGUACAGCCUCAAGAGCAGCUUUGGAGGAUGUUGAGCAAGCAAGACAAAGCUCCAGUUGGCCCAGUUGUGGCAAUGUGACAUGUAGGGGCAGGAGCUGAGUAGCACCAGACUCUGUGCUCCAACAUGCACCAGGACAGAUAACUGAUGGGUUAGGGUUCAGAAAACCCCAGAGCACAGGAGUGUGAUGAUAAACCUGUCCCUUUGAGAGCCACGCCCUCCUGUCAUGUGUGACAUGUUUGCUAGAAAAUCAGAAGCUUGUUGGUGAGGACAGAAAGAUUGAUUACACAAGUUCUGUUAUGAAACCAACCUAAAAAAAACUCAAGUAAAAACAUGAUAAGACAAGGCUAAACAGCACUUGUUUUGAAGAAAACAUUGUUUUUAUCUCAUCUUCUUCCCUGGAGUUAUCAAUAAUCCACUUACAAGUCAGCACAUCUGGAAAGCAGGACACACAGUCUCGUGCUGGGCUUCCUGGAAAGACAAACACACAGGUGGGGUUGCCUGGUGUAAACUAUCAUAGAAUCAUAGAAUCAUAGAAUAUGCUGAGUUGGAAGAGACCCACAGGACCAUCCAGUCCAACUUCUGGCCCUGCACAGACACCCCAACAAUCCCACCCUGUCCCUCAGAGCCUUGUCCAAACCCUCCUGGAGCUCUGGCAGCCUUGGGGUUGUGCCCACUGCCCUGGGGAGCCUGGUCAGUGCCAACCACCCUCUGGGGGAAGAACCUUUUCCUGAGAUCCAACCUGACCCUGCCCUGACACAACUCCAGCCAUUCCCUGGGUCCUCUCACUUGUCAAGAGAGUGAAGAGAUCAGUCCCUGCCCCUCUGCUGCCCCUGGUGAGGAUGUUGAAGACUCCAAAGAGGUCUGACCUCAGUCUCCUCUUCACCAGGUUGAACAAAACAAAUGUUCUCAACUGCUCCUCAUAAAACUUCCCCUCCUGACCCUUCCCCAGCCUCGUGGCCUCCUUUGGACACUCUCUAAUAGCUUCAUGUCUUUUUUAUACUGUGGCCUUUGUGACCAGCAAUCCAGUUCUCCAAGGCUUCAUCCUCCUCCUGCCAUCCUGUGAAUUGCCCUUUAUUUCCCAUUUCAGCUACCACAGUAAGUCCCAGCCCUGAUCCAAUGCAGACCUGUGCUAGAAAGUCCCAGGCAGUUUAAGGAUAUCUAAUAUUAGCUAAACACUACAUUUCUCCUUGACUUAUUUUUCUAUAGAGUUAAACUUUGUGUUUUCAACCUCUUGAAGCAGAUGAAUCCUCUCUGCCAUGAGCACUGUUCCUGUAUGUGUCAGACCUGGGAGGGGGCGUUUCAGCCUCAGCUGCUCAGUUCAGCAAACUAAGAAGUGUUUGCACUUGGGGUUUUGAACCUGGUGAAAGGUGUUCAGCAUCUGUAACCACAGGCACUACUUCCAACCCCAAACAAAUGCUUUCGUGUCAGUGAGGUUGCUAUGUACUGCUAAAAUGACUCUCAGGAUAUCCUAAAAAUAAAUACACAGAUAAUAACUUGCAGAAGCCACAGUUACCUCAAUAAUGCUUAAUUAUACUCAGUUUACAUAGUUUACAGGAUCAUUUAUGUUUCUUGGACUCAGAUGUCCUAGUUUCCUCCUUUUCUCUUUCCCAGUUGCCUUGGGACAGUCCCCAGCAUUCUUGAGAAGUUUGGAAUGAGAAGGAAAUCUCUGCAUCAGACUUGAUUUUCCCUCCUUGCAUGGGAUGAGCUUCAUCCCAGCACUGCCUUCCCCAGCACCCGCAAGCCAGGUAUCCCAGGAAGCAGGACACAGGGCAGAGCCACACACCCCAUGUGUCUGUGGAGGUCCCGCCUUACUCAACAAAGUCAUGGGUGCUCCUGCCACCACCCCACUCAGAAACCCUCAGCACCCUGUCAUGGCCCAUUAUAUCCAUCACUCACUGCCUCUGUCUCUAACACCCAGGGCUUCUGGGCAGCCUUCAUACAUCCAGGACUGUUUCAACCCUGUUCCCUGCCCCAACCCAUGUGUGGGGACGCAGAGGUCCCCACAGACCCCCAGCAGCCAUUCCCUGAGUAACCCCUGAUGCUUUAUCAGUGGUGGUGAAUGUUUCAUCAGGGGACACAGCCCUAUGGGUCCCUCCAGGGAUGCUGUGGGUGCCCUACCCCUCCUGUGGGCACCUGUAAUAUGUGUAACGUGUGUAAGAGACCUUAAACAUCUUAGAAGACAGAUGUUUAAGACAUCUGAGGGAAAAGAGCAGAGCAAAGAAGGUGAGUGUUCAUAAAGGCUCUGGCCAACCAAUUCUUGGACUCCAUGCCAUGGAAGUCUUUUGCUGUUGAGUUUAUGCAGCAACACCCAGGAGCUUCCCUUGUCUCCCAUUUGUCCUGGUGUUUUCCCUCCUGCUUGACUGAGCUCUGCCCAUUCACAAAUUUCUUCAAACUUGGAAGAGGGCUCAAAUAUGAGCUUAAAAGGAAAGUGCAUGGGCUGGUCAGGUGGUAGUUCAGUGACUAGUAAAGUCACUGGAUAAAAUCACCUUCUGAAUUUCAGCACUUCAAGUCUACUCUAUUUGUGCCACUCCUGGCUUCUGAUCACUCCCAUCUUUUCUCUGUAUCCCCUCUUGGUUUACUCCAGGGUGAAGUGGCCACCUUUACACUCACCUUGUGACAGAUCAAAGGUGCAGGUGUCAAGGUCAGAUUGGAUGUGGCUCUGAGAAACCGGAUUCAGUUGAAGAUGUCCUUGCUCAUGGCAGGAGGGUUGGACUAGAUGGGCUUUAAAAGUCAUUUCCAACCCCAGCUAUUCUAUGAUUCUGGGUUUUUUUGCUGUUUCAAAUUACAUUCCUAAUUGUUCUUGAAGGAGGGCUGUUAUGCCUGAAAGCUCAUCCACUUUUUUCCAGCUGUAUCAGCUCAUCUAAUAGAAACUAUUAUUGUCCUCUAUGGGCCUCACUUUUUUAUCCAUUUAGAUAAUCAUGCCUACAAAAGCAAUAAUGCCAAUUAUUCCUAACAUGCACUUGUCUGGUGAGCAGUGUGGACCAGAGAGCAGGUGCAGUCACAGACCAAGAGGAGUAAGGCUCAGUUCUCUUUCUGAACACCAGUUAACAGCCAACACUCUCCUGUGGGUCCACCACUUGCCCUGCACUUCCCUGGCAGACUCUGCUGUUGGCCUAACAGUCACUGAGAGAUUUGCAAGGCUUCUUUUGCAGAGGUUCUCAGUCAACUUUACAUUUUAACAUAGUGAAUAAUUUAUAAUCAUCUUAGUCAGAUGAUUUAGAUAUCUCUAUCCCAUUUCCCAGGUUCUGUGGAAAUAAAUGCAUCUACUCUCCCUUGUAACAGCUGAGUAUCUAUUCCUUCUCCUUGGCUCUUAUUUUGUCUCCAAUUAAAAAAGAAGGGAUGUUCCCCUUGUUAUUUCGGGAUUAUUAAAGGGUGUUUCGUAACAUACCUUAGAGGAAGGUUUUUGAGCAGCCAAGUGAACAAAGCAGAACUUGCUCACCUGUUUGUUGACUCCUUGGGUGUGUUUGUGAGACAUCUCUGUGCACAUGGGGGCUGCCCCCUCCCAACAGAGCACAUUCAUUCCUGUGCCCCCAAGCCCUUCACUGCAGUCUCUAAUGGAUUUGCCCAGCACAGAACUGAAACUCAUUGUUCUGUUGAUCCUCAAACCACCCAUUCAGUCUUUGGUUUUGUGCAAUGGAUGUGUUCAUUAUGUGCUUUUAUGCCCUCAGAAUGUUGGUCUUGGAAAUCCCUCUUUGCCCUGAUCCUUCACUUGCCAGAAUUGCUGCUUUCUUCUCCCUUCCCAUUCAGACAGGACUCACAGCCCGUCCCUCUCGGAGGGAUCUCUGUUUGUGUGCACUUUCCUGUGUAAGUACACUGGCAUUCUUCUCCUAGAACAGCUUUCCAAAAGGUCACAUAUAUUUACCUGAACCUUUCAUGUGAAGUCUUCAAGAAAUUCACCCUGUCUGAACUCAUCCUUUUAGUUGCUCCUUUGGCUUCAGUCAGAUGCUCCAUUUCUGUCGCUUGUCCCUUUGCAAUUCCUCAGAACUGGGGGGGUAUUUCGGGUUGCUGCUUCUCCCAGAAAUCUCUGACUCUAUGACAGCUGGCUUUUUUGCUCUUACCUCUUGAACCCAUGUAAUUCUUCUGACUAAAUCCAGGCUUACAGAGCCCUGAAGGACACCACUCAUCAAGGGCCUGUACCUCGACAUUGACCACAGCUCUCUGUCUGCCUCCAUCCAGCCAAUUUUUUAUCCAUCAAGUAAUCCACCUUUCAAACCCACAACUCUCCAAUUUGAGAUAAGGAUGUUGUGUGGGACCAUGUCAAAGGCUUUACAGAAGUUUGGAUAGAUGUCAUAGGUGAUCUUUGCAUAGAUUGUCCUCUCUGCAUGGAGGGGACCCAAGUCCCUUAUUAAUCCACUUUCCAUGCUGUCAUCUCUCUGAGCUGCUCUGAGCUGCUCUUGAACACUGCUCUUAAGAUCUGUCAGGAACCUGUGAGGUGCUCAGUGUCACAGCCAGCCCCAAACAACAGUUUUUCCCUUGCUAGUCCCCAGACAGCAGCACAAGAGGAUGCCGGGCUAUUUAUUGAUCCCAUUGUCUACUGGAUUUAAGACCACUCUUUCAGAGGAGCGUGAUGUUUGCCUGUGUGCAAGGGGAGCUCCUUUAGCUGCAGUUUGUGUUCAUAUCUCUUCCCUGUGUGUCCCGUUCCCUCUGCUCCGUAACCCUGAGCCGGCCACAGGCUGCAGCCCGACCCGCCAGUUUGCCCCCUUUCUCCAGCCGAAGCACCCGCUCCCUCAGCCCUGCUCGCCCCGUCCCUCUCCGCUGUCCCCGGGAGGCGGCCGGGGAUGCCGAGGGGUCCCCGGGGUGGGGAGUCCCGUUCCCCGCCCGCCGGGCGCUCCCGGGCGGGGCCGCAGCGCUAUAGGGGCCGCAGCUCUAUAAGGGCCGGCGGCGGCGGCGGGGCCGGGAGCGCGAUGGGGCUCGGGGGCGGCGGCGCGGAGCUGCUCUUCCCCCCGCUCCUCCUCUUCUUCCUUCUCCUGCUCCUCUGCCUCGUCCUGCUGCUGCUGGGCUGCUCCCGGCCGCUGGCGCUGCGGCGCGGCCGCGGCCAGGUGGGCUACCUGCCGGGCUACCUGCCGGGCUAUCUGCCCGGCUACCAGGCGACCCCCAGUCGGAGCCCCUGGUCUGGCCCCCGCCGCCCCCCCGGGGCCCUCCCGCCGCCGUUCCCGAACGGCUGGUACCGCCUGCUCGACUCGGCGCAGCUGCCCCGCGGCGCCGUGCGCGGGCUCGCCCUGCUCGGGGAACAUCUCGCCGUGUUUCGCUCCCAGGAUGGCCAAGCCCACGUGCUGGACGCCCACUGCCCUCACCUCGGGGCCAACCUCGCUGCCGGGGGGCGGGUCCGGGGCGGCUGCAUCGAGUGCCCCUUCCACGGCUGGCAGUUCCGAGGAGAGGAUGGAAAAUGCACCAGAAUCCCGUAUGCUGGAAAAGUGCCGGAUUUCGCCAGGGUCCGGGUCUGGCCGUCCUGCGAGGUGAACGGGAUGGUGCUGGUCUGGUACCACUGCCAAGGGCUCGAUCCCACCUGGGCAGUGCCCGAGCAGCGCGAGAUCACCUCCGAGGAGUGGGUGUUCCGCGGGCAGACGGAGCACCUGGUGGACGUGCACAUCCAGGAAAUCCCUGAGAACGCGGCUGACACAGCUCACUUGGCUUUUCUCCACGGCCCAGCCAUUCUGGGAGGGUCUGACCUGAGAUACACGAGGUCCAGGCUGUGGGACUUCAUGAAGCACAUGUGGAAGGCAGAGUGGCAGCCAGAGCCCGAGCCCAACGCGCACUGCUCCCGGCUGCUGCUCCAACACUCCGCAACCAUCUUUGGGAAGCGCCUCUCCCUCAUGGAUCUGACGGUUUCAGCCAGGCAGGUGGGGCCAGGGCUGGUUUACCUGAUCUUUGAACACGCGUUCCUGGGCCGUGGGAUCAUCCUGCAGACGGUGACUCCCCUGGAGCCUCUCCUGCAGAGUGUUAUUCACAAAAUCUACUACCAGAAGAACAUACCAGCCAUUGUUCCCAAGUUCAUCCUGAGGGCAGAGUGUGUCCAGUUUGAGCGGGAUAUAACCAUCUGGAACAACAAAGAGUACCUGUCCAAGCCACUCCUGGUGAGGGAGGACUCUGGGAUCCAGAGGCACCGGCGCUGGUUCUCCCAGUUCUACAGCGAGGGGAGCGCAACGGCCCCGGCACGGGAGGAGGGCCUGGACUGGUGAGGACCUGGCUGCCCCCUCACUGCAGGAGCUGCCAGAGGCUCUCAGGUGGGUCCUGCCCACCCUGGCUGGUGGCAGAGGUGCUAUGCAGGCAUCACCAGUGUAACAAAUACAGGCACUGGUACAGGGAGCAGAGCCCAAGCCCUGGUGAUCCUUCUGUGUCCGGGGCACCAAAGCUCCAAGGCUGUCCUGCAGUGUGAGCUGAGUGUGAACUUCAGGUUAGAAUCAUGGAAUCACAGAAACCUUGAGCUGGAAGUGACCCACAGGACCAUCCAGUCCAAUCCCUGGCCCUGCACAGACACCCCAACAAUCCCACCCUGUCCCUCAGAGCCUUGUCCAAACCCUCCUGGAGCUCUGGCAGCCUUGGGGCUGUGCCCACUGCCCUGGGGAGCCUGGUCAGUGCCCAACCACCCUCUGGGGGAAGAACCUUUUCCUGAGAUCCAACCUGACCCUGCCCUGACACAGCUCCAGCCAUUCCCUGGGUCCUGUCACUGCUCACAGAGAGAUCAGAGCUGCCCCUGUACUGCCCCUGGUGAAGAAGCUGCAAACCCCAAUGAGUCUCCCCUCAGUCUCCUCAGAUUGCCAGAGCUGCCCUUGAAGUGUCCUUGUCUCUCACUGCUGCAAUCAUUUUGAACAGUUCUGUUUUCAUCUGGCCUUUUAUUGCCCAGAGUGGCCUUUCCCUGCUGAUGCUUCUGCAGCAUCACCUUGGCUGGGACAGGCUCCAGCUCUCACAUGGGCUGCAAACCUCACAGGAACUGCUCUAGAUCCUCCUGUGUUUGGUGCUACAUGUGCUGUAUUGAAGGGCUAAAUUCUGCCUGGCUGCUUUCCCUGGGGAAGCUUGUAAUCCCCCCAGGCAGAGCUGCUGUGGGUCACCAGCAGGGCUCUGACAGUUCCUCUCUGCCAAGCAGGAGCAAAUGCUCAAAUCCAGGAGCUUUCCCAGGCUGGUGGCUCCCAUUCCCAUGCACUGUGCACCUCCCUGUGCCUUGUGAAUUCUGCACUUUACUGGGGCUUCUAAUUCCUCCUUCUGCACUAUCCCAGAGUAGGACUGGGAGCAGGACCCUGCCAGAGCAGCCCCGUCUGUGCAGAGCUCACUGCCCACCCUGGGAGCACCCCGGGUACCCUGUGCCAGCUGUGCCACCACCAGUCACAUCUGCCCAUUGCACUUCCAAUAUUUUGCUAUUAAAUGUCUUUUAAAACUGA